GCGAGCACGCAACGCGGCGACGACGACGACGACGUCGGACGAGACUCUCUCGCGUCGCUACGCAGCGUGCGCGUGUACGAUCCAAAUAGUUGUUGUUAGUGUUACGCUAUUUAUAAGCGCGUGCAACGCACGAGGAUGGGACGCGCGUUCGCCUGUUUCCGCUACUGCCUCGUCGCCGGUGCGAUCCUCCUUGGCAUUUCCGGCGCGAUUAUGAGCGUGUGCGCCGGUUACUUCAUUUAUCAGCUGCACGAAUACGCGCCGCUCACACCCAGCCAUGUGUGCGGGUCAUCCGCCACUUUGUUAGCGAUGGGCGUUAUCAUAUGCGGGAUCGGCUGGUUCGCCUGGCAAUUCCUGGAUUUUUCCAACAAAGGCCAAGUGAUCGUUCUUGCCAUAGCGCUGGCUAUCAUCGUGCUGAUCGAAACCAGUGUUGGGAUUUGGACCUUGGUGCGACACGAGCAAAUAGACACCCUGUCGGCCGCACGACACCAAGAGAUCUUUGCCCUCGCGAUCACCGAUGACAAACCCAUCUGGGAUCACAUGCAGUCCGCGUUACGAUGCUGCGGAAUAGACGGGUCUUCCGAUUAUCGUGGCAAGGGCGAGAUUCCCUGGUCCUGCUGCAACACAACGAAUCAGGAGACCGACAACGACAGCACCGCCGGUGCUUGCACCGUUAUGUACAAACGAGGGUGUCAGCACGUGGUGUUAAGUCGAACGAGAUCGAUCCUCCUUCACGUUUUUCUGCUCGCGUUGUGCUCCGUGCUGCUGCAGGUGCGUCUGGAUUCGUCCUCCCGUUCACGCGGAAUUUCGCGGAUCGGUCAACUAAUCGACUGGCGAUCGCGAUUGGUGAUUUCAGAUUUCCUUCAUAGCGUGCACGACUUGUUACGUCAGGAUCUUCAAAGACAGGAUGGAAAGGCGGGCGUCGCAGAUGGCCGCGCGCACGUCUCUGCAAGAUAUGCCCGAAGCGGAUACCAAGAACAAGCUGCUGAUACGUCAGUCGAGAUAUUUGCACAAUUCUGACGACCCUUAGCCAAUGCUGCACACCGCGAAGGACAGAGAUGUGU